AUGGUACCUGUAGGCGAAGUCGAGGUCCACGCCUCGCGCGCUGCAGGCGCAGGUGCGGCGAGCGCAGAUACACAUGCUGUCGACAAGGACGGCAGCAUCAAACAUUGUGCCGUCUCGCAAAUCAGUUUUGCACCCCUUGGGACGGAGCUGAACAAGUACUCGGCCGAAGUCACACAGUCUACCGAUCGAGGCGGAGAGCAGGCCAUGUUGAUGGCGUCGGGGAGCAGCGUCGACAAGCUAGGACGCAACCUUUUCAAAGUGCAUCUGCUCGACCUGGCUAACACGAUCGACAGCGGCAUGGCAUCUGCCAACUUGAUUAGACUACAGUAUAAUACGAUCGGCAUCUCCGACGCCAUGACCAUGGGCGGACAAGGGAGGAGAGAGAUCAUUGCGGACAGUAUCGAGGUUGCCAGUGUCGGGCAGAGUCAUACCACUGGUCUGAUGUCUUUUCGACACCUUGUUCCAAACCGCAAGCCAACUCUGAUCGUUUACGGCUGUACUAUCCAACCAAGUGCUCAUACGAUUGAUGCACCAGGGCUGGACCGCAAGGCCGGCGGCCGUUGCCAACGGCUCGACAUUUUGCACCACUCCUACCCUGGCCCAGGCUCCUGGGGUGGCAUGUAUGCGGCCAAGUCUAUGAGCGUCUGCAUCGAGAUCCUCAGUUUCGGCUUGCCCAUCAGCAGCAGUGCACCUGCGACGAGCCAGGCAAACAAAAUACUCGAACUGGAUAUGGGGUCUAGGGACGUUUUGACUCACGAGGCAUUUUCAAAUGCAAUUACCAUGAUGCAUGCGUUCAGAGGCAGCACAAACCCUGUCCUUCACCUGAUCGCUAUCGUCAAAGCUGCCGAAAUCUAUAUAACCGUCGAUGACUGCGCUCCAGCGCAUCGGCGACCGCACUCCCUAGCCAACAUGAAGCCAUCAGGGAAGCACAUGAUGAUCGACCUGAAUGCGUUGAGCAGCCUUCCAGCGCUGCUCAAGUACUUUCUGGAUAACUUGAAUCUCCUGAACGGCGACGUGAUGUCCAUCACCGGCAAAAUACUGGCGGAUAAUCUGCGUGAUGUCGAGGCGAUACGCAUGGGUAAGAGCCAGGGCGACCUCGCUCCUCUCAACGCACCGCUCAAGUCUACUGGUCACUUGACUCUCAUGCGCGGGAACCUCUGCACAGGCUCAACUAUAUCUGAGCUGAUGGGUAAAGAGGGCUCUUACGUUGAAGGGCCGGCGAUCUGCUUCAAUGAGGAGCAUCUCGUCAUGGAGGCGAUCAAGGAAAGGAGACUCAAGGACGGGCAUGUCAUUAUUCAAUACGCUGGGCCAGGAGGCAUGCCUAGCGUGAGCGAACUGCUUGGGCCGAAGGUCCCUAUUAUGGGCGCUCGUCUAGGAAAGACAGCCGCAUUGAUCUCAGAUGGCCGUUUAUCCGCAGCAUCAUAUUUCUUCUGCACGGGCCACGUCGUGCCAGAGGCAAUCGAUGGUGGACCUAUGGCACUCGUCGAAGACGGCAACAAGAUCACAAUCGACUCCAAGGUGCGCGAGGUGAACUUGCACGUCGACCAACAGACGCUUACCAAGUGA